AUGGAGUUCGACUUGGAGUUGUCCUCUCGCAUUGAGAAUAGGAUUGACCAUGAGCUAUUCCUAGACGAGUCUGACGAUUUGUCCCUGCCCGGCAUGGCUCGCCGCGCCGCGCCCAUGGCGCAUUCGCAAUCUGACGACACGGGUCUAGUGCAGUCGUCUAGCUUUCAAAAUAGCAGCGGCGAUGCUCACACGUUGCGGCAUGUUGAACAUAUCCUAUCACCUGUACAUACGGAUGAGGCGGCAGAGGAACAACCAAACGCUGGCGACUUGUGCGUCGCCGAGCUCGAAGAGCGUUUGUUGGACAGCGCCGAUUCUCUUUCUUUUUCCAUGCACCGCUCUGUGGGGUCUGAAACGGGACAAAUAUCGUUUGGUACGAGUCCAACAGAGCGCGCACGCCGUUCUUAUAAUAGCGUGGGGGGCGUAUUUGCCCACGAAGAGGACCCAGUCGUAGAGUCGGACAACUCUGUGCUCCAAUCGCCGUCUACUUCGCGCGGAGUUGGCGUGUCUUCCAGUGCAGAAAAAGAUGCAGAAACGUUUCCCAUGCACCAGCAAAGCACCACGCCCGAUCACACGCCGCCAAUUGAGCAUACACUUACCGCGAUGCUCGCGGCAGAUACAUCGACUCCUUUGCCGACACCGCCGCAAUCGACGAGCAUGCGCUCUACCAAUGCGUCCGCGUUGCGAUCCAUGUCGCCCGCAGGAACAGUCUCGAUGCGGAGCGAACAAGAGCCCAGCCAUGCUUUUGCACCGCAUACCCCCCGCUUGUACACAACAAACACAGACGCUUCGGAUAUCCUCACUGUACCAAACAAGCCAAGCAUGCACGCUAACAUGUCGCUUCCGCAAAUCGGCGAGCGCGAAGCCGAGCUGCUGGGCACGCAUGUAGAUCCCGACAGGCUUGUGGUGUACCAGGACAAACUGAACAAACAGCUUACUGCAGAAAAUGAGGCGCUCAAAAUGCAAUGCGAUGCGCUCAUGGAAAUCAUGCAAGAGCAUGAUAUAGUCUUGGACACGAGUCGCUUGCCCAUGGAUAUCUGCGAUGCAAGUGUGUCCUACGCGCGCUCAAAAGAUGCAAGCGCCGAACUGCACGCGUCGCAGCAGCACGCCACGCAGUCGGCGAGCCGCACAGCCAACACGCAGCUGCAGGACCGAAUUCGCACGCUGGAGUCGGUCGUCGAGGAACAGCAGCGCCGCUUGGACACUGCAGCAGCGCCUGAUGCAUACGUUUUGCAGCGUGCUACAGACAUGGUCCAAGAGCAGCAUGAGCAAUUGCUCCACGAUCUCGAUGUAGCGCUGCGAGAUGGCACAGAUUUGACGGCGUUGGCGCGCAAGGUCCGUGCUGCGCUGCUGCACACACACGGACUAGUCAAUACGCUGCGCGAGGUGCGCACAGUCUCCCCAGAUCCUGCCGCGAGUGUCACGCAUGCACUGCACUCCAUCUCCAUGGAUACAAACGACGCGGAGCAGGAACUUUUGGCACUGCACGAAAAGGUCCGGUCGCAUACCAACGGGCUGACCAGCGCACGCGCCGAGCUCAAACGCGCCGCGUCGUUCAGCGAAGCGACAAGCGAGCGCAAGUCGCGUGUCGAAGAGCAAGUAUCCCAGAUCCAGCGGGACCACGCCGAGCUUUCGGCAAUGCUUGAGGCAAAAACAGAGCGCCUUGACCAGGUGCGCGAGCAAUACUUGGAGACCUCGCAGCGGCGCUCGCAUUGCAGAGGCGGGGAAAACGAGCAGGAGGAGCAGUUGCUGUACUUGGAGCGCGCGCUGAUGGAUGCACAGGACCAAGUGCGCAUUGCAAAAGAACAGCAGUGCCAAAUGGAGCGACGACUGCACGUGUUGAACGAAGAAAUGCAGCUCGCUUCGGAUCGGUGCGAGCGUGCAUCGUCAGCAGAGGCACAUGCACGCAAGGCACGGCUCGACUGCGAGGCGCAGCUCGUGGCGCAGAUCGAUGAGAUGGCUGCGGUGCGUCGCUCGCUAGAGGCACAGAGCAGGGAGCUGGAAGAGGUCCGCGGCGAAAAAGAUCAUAUGUGGUACGAACGAAGGCAAAUUUUGGAGCAGGUGCAGCACUUUGAGCAGCAUCUGCGCCUGGUGCGGAACGAGACGGAGCAGUACGGCGAAGACCUCGAAAGGCUUCGGGAAGAGAAACUGCGCAUCACGCGCGAGCUUGGCUACUCCUCGACCACGGUCCGCGAACUUGUAGCCGCUGCUAUCAAGCCUCGUUUGCAGGCACUGUAUCAGGAUGUGCACGAGGAGCGCCAGCGGAGUGCGAGUCUCGUGUCGCAAAAGACGUACUUGACCAACGCUCUCCGCGCGCAGGAAUGGCUGCACCAGCGCUUGUGUAUGCACAUGGACCACGUCGCGCCCAUCUUGUCCAAGUACGGAUUUUCUCUGCCAGAUAGGCAACCGCGCCGGCGUCUACGUGCAGCUGUGUGGGCGGUGCGGCUUACAUUGCACUGGGGUAUGUAG